AUGCUUGCAUCUGCUGAGACCAUUGUGGUCGCUGCGGAUGCUUUGAAGAGACAUGAGAUCAACACCAGUAUCGUUGAUCCUGUAAUGGUGUCAACAUCAGGCUCACAGCUCCUUCCCGAAUCAGCCAUCGAAACCCUGAUCCAACACCUUCUCCCUCAUACAACGCUUCUCACACCAAACCUUCCUGAGGCUCGCUUGCUUCUCCAAACGGCCGGGUACGAUAUCCCUGAUCCGAAGAAUGUUGAUGACAUCGUCUCGAUGGCGCAGCAUGUCCGGUCACUAGGACCCAAAUGGGUGUUACUGAAGGGGGGCCAUUUACCAUUGACCCACGGCCGGGUAGUGAGCACGCACGACAGCGAAAAGGAAGUCGUUUUGAACAUCCUCGUGGGCGAUGCUGGAGUUACCAUGCUAGAAAGCCCAUAUCUGCAAUCGAGGAACACGCAUGGGACAGGGUGUUCAUUAGCAUCCGCUAUUGCGUGUAACCUGGCGGAAGGAAUGUCGAUGGCCAAGGCGGUCAAGAAGGCUAAUCUGUACGUUGAAGCAGGCAUCAAGACAGCUGUUGAUAUGGGAGGGGGAAGCGGCCCAAUCAACCAUUUCCACUCGAUGUACAUGCUGCCUUUCGCGCCAGGCAACUUUAUUAGCUAUCUGCUCGACCGAGAAGACGUGCAGAAGCCGUGGAAGGAAUAUACCCAACACGAGUUCGUGCAGAGUAUGGGCGCUGGGACAUUGCCAGUGGAGAAGUUCAUGUACUACCUUGUGCAGGACUACCUCUUCUUAGUCCAAUUUGCAAGAGCGAACGCGCUGUCUGCAUACAAAUCUAGCAAUCUGAAAGACAUUGGGUACUCCGUGCAGCAAGUUGUCACCCUCCAGGAAGAGAUCAAGCUGCACAUCGACUUUUGUAAAGAGUAUGGACUAUCGGAGGCCGAUAUCAUCGAGGAAGAGGAAGACCAAGCCACCACGGCAUACACCCGUUAUGUGCUCGACAUCGGCAUGUCGCAAGACUAUCUUGCUCUGCAGAUUGCGCUUUUGCCGUGUCUCAUCGGUUACGGCAUUAUUGCCAAACGUCUCUACGAAGAUCCCAGCACCGUGAGGGUGGGAAGCAAGUACUGGAAGUGGAUUGAGCAGUAUGUUGCAGAAGAGUACAGGGAAGCGAUGAUGAGGGGCAGUGAGCUGGUAGAGAAGCAUGCCGAGGGACUGAGUCCGAGUCGGGUGGAAGAGCUGGCCAAAAUCUUCAUACACGCUACAAAUAUGGAGAAGGGGUUCUGGGACAUGGGCCUCAGAGCUGGUGAUGGGCUAAGGUGA